CAAAGAACCAAAACUUGGCAACGUAACAUACCAUGUCUCUUCCUGAUUAUAGUGGGUUCAAGGAAAUUAAAGUUCAGCUCGACAGCGGGGUCCUUGUCGUCACAAUUGACCGAGCAACGAAGCGCAACACUUUCAUUGACGCUCUGGGAGCCGACCUCAAGAACGUAUUCGAGUUUGCAGACAAAGAUGAACGUGUUCGUGUGGUCAUUUUGACUGCUGAAGAUACAGCUCCUGCCUACUGCUCUGGUGCUGAUAUAUCUGGCGGAUGGUCUGGAUUAUUCGCGAAAGAUGAUGAUGAGGAAGGCGAGUUAGCUCAUAGAGACGGUGGAGGACAGGUAUCAAUGGUCAUAUACAACUGUCGGAAGAUUACUAUUGCUGCGGUUAAUGGUCACGCCGCCGGCGUCGGAGUAACCGCUCUUCAGUUGCCCUUCGACCUGAGGUUUGUUUGGGCUGGCGCUAAACAAUCAUUACCGUUCAUCCGCCGUGGAAUCGCUCCAGAAGCGGGCUCCACCUACCUUCUUCCCCGCCUGAUUGGCCAUUCUCGAGCCAAUUCCCUUCUUCUGACUGGUGGAACCUAUCUUCCCAACUCUCCUCUACUUGAAAAUUUAUAUCACGAAAUUUUACCUACCCGCGAGGAAGUUUUCCCUAAAGCUCUUGCGCUCGCCAAGGAACUUGCUGUUCACGCGUCUCCCAAAUCCGUCAGGUACACUAAAGGGUUGCUCCAACACGGUGGAGAAAGCAUCGAAGAGAGCCAUCUUUUGGAUUCGAGAGCGAUCCGAAUUCUUGCGGCGAGUCCCGAUGCUGCAGAGGGAGCCAAGUCAUUCUUUGAACGCCGACCUCCACAGUUCGAAUCCAAACCCUCCAAAGACUCGUGGUAUCCUUGGUGGAGAAGUGUGGAUGUCAAAUACCGGAAGACGAAACUCUAAGAAUGAUUUUAAUCAGAAAGCUGGUAUCUCGAGCUGUAAAACUACCGGUUUCAUUAUUCUGUUAUCAUUCACCAUCCCGAGUCUUCAGAGCGCGCGGUGAUUUCAAGUUUGCAAACGCGCUGACCUGGUUACUCAGAGCGCCAAGAGACGUUCAGUUGUCAUACAUACAUGGAAUCUUCGUAUGUUCGAUCGUUGAUAUGAGACCCAUAUACCUACCUUGAAUGGGACAGUCCCUUUCAAAUUUCUGCCAAUGGUGAGUUGUCGAAAUCCAAGAUAGAUAGAUAGAUAGAAAGUAAAGUUAGGAACCUUGUGUCACGAUCUAGCCCAG